AUGAUUCACUGGAUGAUAGUGCGCCUCUGCAAUAACGAAACAGCGUGGCGUAGUACAGGAUUGGUGAUUUUGAGACUUUUUCAUUGGAAUAAAGGUUAGUUACAGAAAUUACACCCGUUUUAGCUUAGUUCAUAAUUUUUUAAAAGUCUGUGAACAGCAGUGAAAUGCAAAGAUAAAUACAGAGCUGUUUAGAGAGGUUAGAGCUGUUUUGCGCGCGAUACGACAUUUUCCUUUUGGUUAAACAAUUUGUUUGCAUCGCUUCUGAUAAAACUAAGGCUUUCACCAAAGCUUUUUUUUUAAUCAAUAGCCAGUGUCAUCGAUUUCAGUUUACGGAUUUUCUUUAAAUAUUUAGCAUUGGAGAGUUGGAGGUAGUAUUCCUUUGUAUUUCGCCGAUAGCGGAAACUAUAUUUUGUAGUUUCAAAUAUUGAUUUCAAAACACAAAGCCGUGGUCUCAAAGGCAAUCCAUUGUUUACGCCAUUGUUUUCUUUAUCCAAAAACUGUAAUGUAUGCGUUGCUAAAUGAAGAAUGGGCUGUGCGGAAAACUGUCCAUCAAUUUUUUGUCACUUCUAUGGAACUCGGUAGCCUGAUCAAACACAGGCUUAGAAACAGGAUUGACCCAUUAGUUAUAGAGUAUCGUGAACCGACAUAUUAAAAAAUUAUUUUUUAUCAUCUGUGAUCCUUGUCAUGGCAGCGUGUGCAAGGAUCGAUCUCAUCCUUGUCGGUGGUUCCUCUUUCCAGCAAAUCUUUGAAGGAUUUCUUUAAUGUUUACCCUUUAUGAGUCAACAAAUCAAAAUUUUGUAAUUUUUUCAUUUUAAUUUUUUUGAUCCAUGAUUGUUAUUUAAAACCCUGUGACUAUCUGUUUAUUUACUUUUUUUUUUACUGUUUUGAAUUCAUGAAUUGACCUUAUUCAAUGGUGUCACAUAUAAUUUGUCAUGCAAGUAUUUUGCAUGUUGCAUAGUAUUUUUUGCAAACUUUUUGCUGCCAGUCGGUUGAGAGUCAUCAGGGUGCAAAGUCAGUAGAUAUCAAGGUCUCAUUUACUGCCUAACCCCUGUGAACAUUGUAAUAUUUCCCCUGCAUGUAACCAAGAAAUGAUUACAUUUCUCCUAACAAUAUCUAUCGGUCAAUAAAUCUUUAUCUGAGGAGGGAGAAGAGGGUAUCCUUUAAUAGUUUGUACGACUUCCACAGGUUACAAAUUAAAAGCUAAGAUACAAGGUAAUAUUUUUUUAGUUAUGUAAUACUUAGACUAAAAUAAUAAUUUAAGAAAGGGAAAAAAAAUCCUAUCCUUACACUGAUUUUAUUUAAAUGUUCAUAAACAUGUAGUGUAUUCUUAAGAAUAGGGUCAAAAAUGGCCUGGAGAUAAUCUCUAUAUCAGGGUAGAUACAAAUUAUUUUAAAUUUGGAACUGGAAAUGGUGUACAUGUAGUUGAACAGCAAGUGGACAUGAUUGCAUGACUUUCUCUUGAGCCCACUAGAUCUCAAUUUGACUUCAUCACUUCGUGAUUUUUUUUUAGCUUGUUUCGCAAUUCAUGGUUUUACAAUUGUUAUGCAGUCAAUGAUUAGUUCAACCACAUUUCUACAACUCCAGUUAAAUGUCUUGACUUGUAUAACUAUGGAUAUAUCAAUACAGUUAUCAUAGAUAAACAUUCACAAUGAUUAUUAUUUUCUCUCCUAGUAUAAGUUUGCAGAAGUCUCUAAAGAGGAUAUUGUUGAGGUGCAAUUCAGCAUCAUUAAAAUGAUAGUUUUGCUUUUUAUGGAAGACUAGUAUAAAAUGUACACUUUGUAAUUCAUUCCAGUUUUAUUCAAACUCUUUGCCCCUUAACUGUGACCAUUUCAUACUGCAAUUUGGUGGAAGAAUGGCUAGGAAAAGCUGAUUGAUGAUUGCAGAGAUGAUGAAGACUGAAAUAAUUAACAUUUGCGUUUCAGAUGACUAAAGCCAGGAGCCCAGUAUUUACUGAUGCAUUGGGCUAAGGACAACAGGGAAUUUUCCUACCACAGACAGUGGAAGCAAUAAUACUUAAAGGCAAUGCAUUUACAUGUAGAGCACCAGUUCUUUAGUGGAAUGGGAUGUACAAGUCUGGCAAAAAUCAGUGCACAAUCAUGCCACAGAGGCUGAAUGUAAACCCCUCGAAAAUCUGCUAGUGCACUGAGAAUACUUUGGCAACCUGGGUGGAGACUUUCAAGAGGUUUAGACUUCAAAGGUUCUACUGAUGAUCCCAUGUCUAACCCCUUUUUACAACUUCUACAAGGGUAAGUUUACUUUUUCCUUCUGCAUCUGGUAUUAAUAAUAGUAAUAAUAAUAAUAAUAAGUAAAAUACAUCAUCUUGACAAAGAAUUAAUUAAAAAUAGAAAAUAAAUUAAUCUGAUUUACUGUAAGUUAAAAGUAGUUGUUAAGAAUGCAAAAUAAAUUUUGGUGGUUUUGGUUGUUAUGGUGGCUGUUUUGGCUGAGCAUGAAUUGCUGUGUGAGGAAGAUUGUCAUCCUCAUCACCAUUGUGGGCACAGCUUGCCUUUUAAGGAGUUGAUCCACAUGCUUACAGCUGUAUGGUUUACUUCUUUAUUGUUAUACUUUGCUUUAUAUCAAAGUGGGUCAGGUUUAAUUUCUUUGAGUACCUCCUUCCACUCGACCCUAGAUUUACGUUCUUUGAAGGAACACUUUCCCUUCCUUUAGAUUUUUGCUUUUUAUUUGGGGUAUGA